UUAGACUGGUUUAUCAAUCGAAGUAAGCAAACAUUAUAGGCCGGUGGAUGCUCAGAAAAAAAAAAAAAAGAGAAAAGAAAAGAGAAUAUGCCGUAGUUAUGUUCCUCAGAGACAUUCCCAGAUGCCAAGCCGGUCUCACAGUAUAUAUAGGUUUCCUUUGAUUUAUACUCUCUUUUGCGUUUAUAUAUCUGCUUUCUUGCGCUUUCACACUUCUCUUUCUCGCUUAGUUUUCUCCCCGGUCACCGCCUCUUUCAGGAUUCUGGAGCCUGUUUCUAUGGUGGUUUUGGUACUCCCAAAGUGGCUUUUACCUGCAAGGCUUUGAAUUGAGUGAAGUAAUCUGAACAAGUACAAAGCCACAUAAUGGGAUCUGAUAAGCAGUCUGUUGGUUUACUGGAUACCCUGAGAAUGGAGAGGGUUAGAACAAUUCUAGCUCCGACAUAUCCAUACCCACAUGAGCAUUCCCGGCAUGCCAUAAUCGCUGUUGCUGUGGGUUGCCUAUUUUUUAUCUCAUCUGACAACAUCCAUACUCUCAUAGAUAAGUUGGACAGCAAUAUUAAAUGGUGGUCUAUGUAUGGCUGUUUAUUUGGUUUCUUUUAUUUCUUUUCGUCGCCAUUUAUUCGGAAGACUAUUAAACCAAGCUAUUCAAAUUUCAGUCGGUGGUACAUAGCCUGGAUUUUAGUGGCAGCUGUGUAUCACCUUCCUAGUUUUCAGUCAAUGGGAGUGGAUCUGAGGAUGAACCUGUCUUUGUUUUUAACAAUAUAUGUGUCAUCUAUUUUGUUUCUUAUUGUCUUCCACAUUAUCUUUUAUGGCCUUUGGUACAUUGGCCUUGUCUCACGCGUCGCAGGGAAGAGACCAGAGAUCUUGACCAUUCUUCAAAAUUGUGCUGUUCUUAGUGUAGCCUGCUGCGUAUUCUAUAGUCAUUGUGGCAACCGUGCUAUUUUGAGAGAGAGGUUGCCUGAACGAAAAAUCUCUACUUGGUUUUCUUUCUGGAAGAAAGAAGAGAGAAACACUUGGUUCGCCAAAUUCCUCCAUUUGAAUGAGUUGAAAGACCAGGUCUGCUCCUCUUGGUUCGCUCCGGUUGGUUCUGCGAGUGACUAUCCACUUUUGUCCAAGUGGGUUAUCUACGGCGAGCUAGCUUGCAAUGGCUCGUGCACGGGUUCAUCGGAUGAAAUUUCUCCCAUAUACUCAUUGUGGGCUACAUUUAUCGGCCUUUACAUUGCCAAUUAUGUAGUGGAAAGGUCAACAGGGUGGGCUCUUACUCAUCCUGUGUCAGUUAAAGAAUAUGAAAAGUUGAAGAAGAAGCAAAUGAAGCCUGAUUUUUUGGAUAUGGUUCCUUGGUAUUCAGGAACUUCUGCUGAUUUAUUCAAGACUGUUUUUGACCUCCUUGUAUCAGUAACUGUCUUUCUUGGUCGCUUUGACAUGCGUAUGAUGCAGGCGGCUAUGAGCAAGGUUCAAGAUGGAGCAGAACAAGGUGACCUUCUUUAUGAUCAAUUUAGUGAAAAGGAUGAUCUAUGGUUUGAUUUCAUGGCUGAUACUGGUGAUGGUGGCAACUCAUCUUAUGCGGUGGCACGGCUACUUGCUCAGCCUUCCAUUCAUCUCACGAGAGAGGAUUCUGCCCUUACCCUACCACGUGGCAACUUGCUACUUAUUGGAGGGGAUCUAGCGUACCCAAAUCCAUCAGUUUUCACAUAUGAAAGUCGCUUCUUCCGUCCUUUUGAGUAUGCUCUCCAGCCCCCUCUAUGGUACAAGCCAGAGCAUAUAGUUGUAAACAAGCCUGAGCUACCUUGUGAGGUGCCUGAGCUGAAGCAAUAUGAUGGGCCUCAGUGUUUUGUUAUUCCCGGAAACCAUGAUUGGUUUGAUGGUCUGCAUACCUUUAUGAGGUAUAUAUGUCAUAAGAGCUGGUUGGGUGGGUGGUUUAUGCCUCAAAAGAAGAGUUAUUUUGCCUUGCAACUCCCUAAAAGGUGGUGGGUAUUUGGUCUUGAUCUAUCACUCCAUGGUGAUAUUGAUGUGUACCAAUUCAAGUUCUUUUCAGAGUUAGUAAAGCAGAAGGUUGGAGAUGAGGAUUCUGUGAUCAUUAUAACGCACGAACCAAGUUGGCUUCUUGAUUGGUAUUGGAAUGGUGUUUCUGGAAGAAAUGUUUCACACCUGAUAUCUGAUUAUUUGAAAGGUAGGUGUAAGCUUCGAAUGGCUGGGGACCUACAUCAUUAUAUGCGCCAUUCCUUUGUUAAAUCAGAUGGACCUGUUCAUGUGCAACACCUGAUUGUAAAUGGUUGUGGCGGGGCAUUCUUACAUCCCACCCAUGUCUUCAGUAAAUUUAAAAAAUUUCUUGGAGUUUCCUAUGAGUGCAAAGCUGCAUAUCCUUCCUAUGAAGAUUCAAGCAGGAUUGCAUUGGGCAACAUUCUGAAAUUUCGAAGGAAGAAUUGGCAAUUUGAUUUUAUUGGUGGCAUAAUUUACUUUAUAUUGGCCUUUUCUAUGUUCCCGCAGUGCAAUCUCGGACACAUCUUGCAAGAGGAUUCCUUUUCAGGUCUCUUGAGGAGCUUCAUUAGCACAGUAUGGAAUACUGCUGUAUACAUGCUCGAACACUCCUAUAUAUCAUUAACCGGUGCUACACUAUUGCUAAUUGUAGCAAUUGCAUUUGUACCCCCCAGAGUGUCUCGGAAGAAACGAGUGAUAAUUGGAGUUCUUCAUGUUUCUGCACACCUGGCAGCUGCUCUAAUUCUUAUGUUGCUGUUGGAACUGGGUAUUGAGACGUGUAUCCGGCAUAAACUACUAGCAACCUCGGGCUAUCACACUUUAUAUCAGUGGUACCAAUCAGUAGAAAGUGAACACUUUCCAGAUCCAACUGGCCUUCGAGCUCGUAUAGAACAAUGGACCCAUGGCCUGUAUCCAGCAUGUAUUAAGUAUCUUAUGUCUGCAUUUGAUGUACCCGAGGUUAUGGCUGUCACACGAAGUAACAUAUGCAAGAAUGGAAUGGAUUCGUUUUCUCGAGGGGGUGCUGUGAUAUAUUAUGCUUCUGUCUUCCUUUACUUUUGGGUCUUUUCAACCCCUGUGGUUUCAUUGGUGUUUGGAAGCUACUUAUACAUCUGCAUUAACUGGCUUCAGCUACACUUUGAUGAAGCCUUCUCUUCUCUAAGAAUCGCUAAUUACAAGGCAUUCACACGGUUUCAUAUCAAACCUGAUGGCGAUCUUGAAGUUUUCACCCUUGCUGUUGAUAAGGUCCCAAAAGAAUGGAAGCUAGAUCCUGACUGGGAUGCGGAGGUCAAACAGCCACAGCAAUUGAACCACCUCAGAAAGUUCCCUAGCAAAUGGAGUGCAGCUGCUGCUCAGCACGAUCCAAUUCACACUGUUAGGAUUGUUGAUGAAUUUGUUAUACAACAAACAGUUAAAUCAGAUAUUGCAACCAGUAAUGGAUCAGUGCUUUGCUGAUCCGAGCUGCUCAAAUUGUAAGAUUUAUUUCCUCACCAUUGAGAAAGCAAGUAAGAAAAGAAAAGGAAAUAGAAAAUGACAUGGUCUAGUUCUGGAGUUCCUUUCUGUCAGCUGUCUGCGGCAUCCAAAAAGGGGUGCCGAGUCUGCUAUUCGAUUAGUCUCAGUUAAGCCUAAGGUGUGUUCUUAUCCUCUGCUAGACGAUCUAACUAAUUUACUACAGACUACUUAAUAGAUUAUUGUACAUAGAAAUAUAAGGUGACACUUCAAUGUUUAUUCGGUAAGAUAUGCAUCUCAACAUGUUCCUCAGA